AUGGAUCCGAAUUAUCAUCACCACCCCAUCCUUCAACAACAAUACUACGCAUACGUCAUUCCUGUAUUUGCAGUUCCUACUGAGUGGAUGGUGUAUGAUCAAGUGAAUACUCCUGCUCAUUACACCGUGCCUAUGUUCUACCCUCAACCGGUGCAGUAUGUUGACGACAUAGCCAUUCUCAACACCGCUGAUGACAUGUGGGUCAAUAGAGAACAACAUCCUACGCAUUCAUACGCACAGAAUCAAUACGUACCAUAUGACCCUGUGAUUCAUGAAUUCGAAGCUUUUCUAGAAGAAAGGUUGAUGAGGAUAGAACAAGAAGCGGGUCGUGCGCUACAACAAGUAAACGCUGGUACGAGUGGUUUGGGUUUAUCAGAGGAAGAGAUUUCCGAGCAUCUGCAAGUGUACACUGCACAAGGAAAGAUGAGUGAAGUGGAUGUUUGUUGUAUUUGUUUGGGUGAAUAUGAAAAGAAGGAGAAAAUGGGGAGACUCGAAUGUGGGCAUCGGUUUCAUGCGGAAUGCAUCAAGCGUUGGUUGUUGUCUAAGAAUGUUUGCCCCAUGUGUAGGUCUACUGCAUUGUCGGUUUAA